GGUAAACCCGCCGCUUUGAUGCUGGGGGUGCAACGGGAGAAGCGGGACCGGACCCGGUGAAGGCGUGUGUGCAUGUUUAUGAGCGUGGGGGACACGGGAAGGGGCCACGGCGUGAAGACGGGCCGGAGACGGGCGAGGAGAGGACCGGGAACCGGAGCCGCUGGAGACCGAGAGGAGGGGAUGAUGUCGGAGAGGAUCGCUUCGUGUGGGAGUCUGCAUGACAGCACCAACCUGCUGCUGCAGUACUGCAGCACCGAUGACACGAUGUCCGCCAGCAGCAACAUGGACAUGGAGGACCGAGUGUCCCAUCUGGAGCAGCGCUUACAGCUGCAGGAGGAUGAGAUCCAGCUGCUGAAGGCGGCUCUGGCGGAUGCCCUGCGCCGGCUGGGUUACUGUGAGGAGCAGAACCAGGGGGUCCAGACAGGAGGUGUUCAGUCUGGGAGGAGAGCUCUGGCUGCUGCAGCUCCAGCACCUCCCAUCAAGGUGCGUCAGCUGCUGCAGGCUCUGCCCUCCAGACCGCUGAACAACGGCUACGCUCAACAGAAGCGCCUCCUUUCCUCUCCGUCGUCUCCAAAGAAGGAGGUGCUGCAGUCCAUCAAAAGGAAGAGCAUGUCAACGGAGCGCCUCACGCUGGUGAGGAGAGAGAUGGCAGCGGAGAGUCGGAGUCGGACCACUCCUCCAGCAGCUCCUCUGCUGGGAAAAGGUAAGAACGGGAUGGGGGCGUUUUUCGUCAUCGCCUUUUAUGUAUCGACUAGAGAAAACUUGCAAAGCCGCGAGGUGAACCGCAGGCUGUUCAGGAAGCAGAAAGACAGAAAAUUGAUAACUUUCACACAGAAACUCGUCUCUAAAAGCGUAGAUUUAAGAGGCUACAGCAGUUUUAUUUCCACAGGUGGACAAUGUUGUCUAAACUAG